ACAACUUGCCUACCCAGAUCAACUGUGAAUGAUCUUGAGCUCAAAAAAAGAAUGCAUACUGUUGUGAACUGUUCCCUCUAGGCCGUGAGGCCCACCCCCCACAAUCCACUUUCUCCUAUCACAGAACCUUCACCUCACCAAGAAUCACUGCCGCUGUAUUUCCAGUUUCCAGGUACAUCCUCUACCUCCCAUUAUUCCACUGGCUAGCUAGUGGGUAGCUUAGCCGUUCAAAUCAAGGUACCGUAACGAGUAACCAGAGGCAAAGAUUGCAAAGAUUGCUUCUUUCGUCCUGGGCUGCAAGUAUGUUGGGUGUGGCUGGCAAUGAGGCGGCUCCUCCGUUUCCUUUACAGCUCUAUGGCAUGUUACAUAGUGACCAACAACACUUGGGCAACAUUGUAUCUUUUUUGCCUCAUGGGAGGGCCUUUGUGGUUCACAACAUUGAAAGGUUCAGCAAUGAUGUGCUGCCAGUUUGGUUCAUGGAUUUAGAUUGGGAAGCAUUUCAGCAUCGGCUUCGGCUCUUUGGGUUUCACAGAAUCACACAGGGCCCUGAUCAAGGAGCAUUCUACAACGAGUGCUUCCUAAGAGGGAGAUAUCACCUCGCCAGAAGUAUCCAAGAAGGUCGCGUACCUAGACAAGUGGCCCCAGAAGAUGAACCCAACUUCGACACCAUGCCUUGGAUAGACGCAGUUGCUGCUGGAACAGCACAGCCGGCAGAGCACCAGCAGCAACAACACGCACCCGCUGAUCUAACCAUGGCAGGCCUACAAGCAAGCGCCGGAGGGAGUGCGCUACCUCCCGGAGCUAUUGGCUACCCUGUGUUGCCCCGGCUGAUGAUCCCUUCGCAAAGAGAAACCGAAACUGGAAUACAGUCAAACAGCGCUAUGCUUGACCAGAACUUCCUUUCCGAAGACGAACUGCACGAGUUCUUGCGGGCAAACAAGGAUGAAGAGGAGGAAGACGAGAGAAAAGAGGAACACAUGGAGACGGAUCAGGACCAAGAUCAAGACCAUCACCAGCUCAACUAGCUCGUACCGGUAACUGGUCGAAGUUGGACAAACUUUGGAGAAAGCAUUGAACAUAAUGGCAAUCAAAAGAGCAUCUUGUGUACAGGAGCCACCAACUAUAGUAACAAAUAGAUCAACCCAUUAAGUAGAGAGACCCUUUUCAACCUAACUAAUUACAUCAAGAUGUUACAU